AUGCCUCGCCUCACUCCCCCAGCUGCACGCAGCACACCGCGGGCGACCUACUUGGGGGCCCUCCUCUCGCAGCAGCAGGCUCGCCUCAGCAGCAACUCUAACUCCUGCAGCAAGUGUCUAUCUCCUGUACAAGCAGCAGCAGCAGCAGUAGUAGCAGCAACAGCAAGAACAGCAGCAGCAACAGGAGCAGCAGCAGCGGAAAGUGAAGGUCUGCACGAUCCCGGGCAGCACAUCAGCAGCAGCAGCAAGAGCAGCAGCAACAGUAGCAGCAGCAGCAGCGACACUGGCUCCCAGCCACCCCAGCAGCAUCAUCAUCAACAGCAGCAGCAGCAGCAGCAGGAUUUCUUUGUAUCGGCCAUGUCUUACAGGGCGUUAGAUGAUGACUCUGGAGGGCAUGGUGUAUGCUCCGUGUCUGCUGCUGAAGCAGCAGCAGCAGCAGCAGCAGCAGCAGCAGCAGGGGUUUCUUUGUCUCCUUUUCUUCCUCAAGAUAUAAAAGACGCUGCAUACAAUUUAAAUUCUUCUGCUUUAUCUACAAGGACGCAAAGCCCCUGGGCCCCUGCAGAGGGCUGUCUGCCUGAUCCCUCUGCUGCUGCUGCUGCUGCUGCUGCUGGUGGUGGUGGUGGCGGUUCUGCAAUAAGCAGCAGCAGCAACGAAGCAGAUCUGCAGCAGCAAGGCGGCUGUAGGGAUAUUGCUUGGAGACCUCAAAAACUUUUUUCUUUAGAGACAGAAGAAGCAUGCAACAAUGCUGCUGCCUGUACACCGCAGCAGAAGGCGCAGCAAAUUGCAGCAAACAUAGCGGGUCUUCGAUUGUACUGGCCCUGGGAGAGCGGCAUGGAGAGCCCUUCUGUGGGUUUGCGUUUGCUGCAGCUGCUGCUGCAGUUUUGUUUUGCUGCAGCAAGUCUCAGCAGCCGCGUGUCGGUGCUGCUGCUGCACGGAGGCGUUUUCUCUGUCUCUUGUGUAUCUGUUGCUGUCCCUGUAGUUUGUUUCUUUCGUGUAGUUUCAAAGGCUUUGCUGCAUUUGCUUGCUGCUUCUUUUUCUGCUGAUACUGCUGCUGCAUAUUUUCAUGCUCCCACUGAGCCCCCACCACCAGCAGCACCAGCAGCACCAGCAGCACCAGCAGCACCAGCAGCAGCAGCAGCAGCAGCAGCAAACCCCUUUCAAACCCAAGAAGCAGCUUCUCUUAUUAAAGAAAUAUUUGCUGCAGAGGUCUGGAUUCGGAGAGUCGCUCAGCUACCUGACUUCUACGGCCCUACAGACGUGUCUGUUCGCCCUGGUGCUUCGGAGUUAGUCUUCUACUUAGGGGUCCCCGCCGAUGAGGGGGCACCCCUAGAGGGGCCCCUGUCUGUAGAGUGGGGUUACCCUUUGGAUACAGUAGAGCGUCUGCUGCCUAGCAGCAGCAGCAACAGCAGCAGCAGCAGCAGCAGCUCGGAUCCCUCAGCAGAAGCAGCAGCAGCAGCAACAGCAGCAGAUGCAAUGAGUGCUCCUCUGUCUGCUGCAGCAGAAGACUGUGCAGUAUUUUUGGGGUUUCCAGGUCAAGGGCCUUUGCUGGGGCGUUCGUGCUGCUGGUUUGCUGCUGCAGCAACUGCAGCAGCAAAGUUUGUCUACAUGUGCUUAGAUGGGUCUCUAACAUUCCUAUCUCUUGGAGGCCUCACCCUCCUCUGCGGGCAGCGGCUCUCUGCUGGUUUGCUGCUCUCGGGGGCCCCCUUCUUUGCUGCUGCUUGUGCUGCUGCUGAGGUGGGUACAGCAGCAGCAAAGGCGCUGCUCUUUUCUCUCCUCUUAGAAGCGCAGCGCAGCAGCAGCAGCAGCAGCAGCAGCACGACACAGCAAAGGCAUACCAGCACAACCUGGCCCUGGACUUGGCCGUAUCAAGGCAGCAGCAGCUGCAGCAGCAGCAGCUACGGCGAAUAUAGCAGCUACGGCUACAGCAGCAGCAGCAGCAGCAGCACGAGCAGCAAGGUGCUACAGAUCCUCUCUGGACUCAACCCCUAUUCCCUGAUCCGCAAGGUCAUCAGACGCAGCCGCAGCAGCAACAGCAGCAGCAACAGCGCAGCAACAACAGCAAGCCAGCAGCAGCUGCUCCAGCCGCUAAACAGCACUGUCAUCGAAGUCGCAGAGCCUCCUGAGCACCAGAAGCAGCAGGAGCUGCAGCAGCUGCAGCAGCUGGAGCGCAGCCCGGCAAGCCCUGCGGAGCCUGCCCUACUAGCAAACUGCAGCAGUAGCAGCAGCAGCAGCAGCAACAGCAGCAGCAGCCGCCUAAGGGCAGAUGAAGCCUUUCGGGGGGCCCCUACAGACAGCGAAGGUGAAGACCUUGAUGAAGGCAGCCAGCACUCCUCUUAA